AUGGCAAAGGUCACCGGUGCUGGGGGCUUGUCCAAAAGAACACUGGUGGCAAGCGAUAACAACUCUCUCUCUUGCGGAAUGGCCCUUCUUUGCAAUAUGUACGGUUCUCAUGGCAAUUCGUUUGGGGUUUCGGUUGCGGUUUGUCCCUGCGCGGACUCAGAUGACAUACGGCGUAAUAAUAUUACUUUGAAGACUGGGGCGGCUCUUGACAUCGUGACUGAUUUUAUGAUUAUGGCGCUUCCAAUCUCGUUCAUUGCAAAAUCCCGACUACCUUGGACUCAGAAGUUAGGCAUUAUAUGCCUGUUCUCGUUGGGACUCAUCAUCGUUGCAACCUCCCUCAUCAGAAUUAUAUCUCUCAACUUCCCUGGUGUCCAUCCUCCUGUUAGCUGGAAGGUAUUUUGGGCCAUGAUCGAAAGCAGUAUAGCAGUGAUGACAUCCUGCUUUUCCUCAUACGGAUCUCUCUAUACUUUUUUCAAACGAUCCAACGACCCUCGGCGUCGGCCGUCGUACACAGGAGGGGAACCAUGGCCGAAGCACAGACACGCACGCCUGGCAGGGAAUCCCCAUGGGUUCGACUUAUCUCUGUUCAAUUUUCAUUCGCAUGAGUCACACAGUAUAGUGGUCACGGAGACCGGAGGAGUUCAAGAUGGAACAUUGAAUGAUGGAGAAUCAACGGUAAACAUCCUUUCACAAAUCGAGUGUGAAGGACUUGGCAAACCUAUAGACAAGAACACGUUGAGGAGGGAGCUGCCUCUAAUUGACAAAGUUGGACCAUGGCAGGUGGUUCAAAAUUCCUGGGCAAAAAUUCGAACCACGUUCAACUGUAACCCGCAAGAAAGUGGUGAACUUCAUCAAAGCUUGGCCGUCAAGUUAGGCACGUAUCCCCUCUUCAUACAAAAACAUCAAGAAAAUGAAAACGGCCUGUUGAGGAGAGAUACUGAUGAUGAAGCUCCAGAGCUUUCAGAAAUGGAGGAGAAUGAGAAAGCUCAAGAUAUAGAUAUAGAGAUUUCUGAAAUAUCUAUAUUCUCAAAGCCUUCUAUUCAGCAAUGUUCAUGGAAAAAUAUCAAUCCAGUGGAGAUAAAGGUCUUUAUAGGCAUUCUUCUCUAUAUGGAAGUUCAUAAAUCCCAUCGAACUGAUCUAUACUGGUGGAAUGAUCUGAAACAAGGCUCUAUUCAUUCCAUUCAAUCCUAUAUGACCCAUACGCGUUUCAAACAGAUUAAACGAUAUAUCCAUAUAUCUAACCCUCAUGAGGCCCGCCGCCCGGAGGCCAAAAAUAAGGAUUGGUGGUAUAAGGUAGAGCCAUUAGCUACUAAGUUUCAUAUGGCAUGCCGAAAAUACUAUACCCCUGGCUCUAAGAUUUCCAUUGAUGAGAUUAUGGUUAAAUGCUUCGGACGGAGUCAACAUACAUACAAGAUGCCUAAUAAAUCAAUUCCUCGAGGAUAUAAGAUAUUUGGCCUAGCAGAACAUGGCUAUUUAUGGUCUUUUUCCUGGUCUAGCCGCCGGCAGGGUAUAAUGCCUAUUUUCCAAUUCCCUAUGUUAACAAAAACCGGAUCUAUGGUGGUGAAUCUGGUGAAGCGGCUUCCUAUGAUAUCCACACCGAAUACGCUGAAUACCAUGCCGAAUGCCACCCCUAAUAUCGACUCUAAUAUCACCCAUAAUAUUGGCCCUAAUAUCAACCCGAAUAUCCCCCCCCCGAAUGCUACGCCGAAUGCCACGCCUAAUGAAAUCUCUAUCUCACAGCUGGUCACAUCCUAUUCAAUUUAUAUGGAUAACUACUUUACAUCAGUUCCUUUAUUCAAAGAACUACGUCAACAGGGGUAUGGAGCAUGUGGAACCACUCGUCCAAACCAGGUUCCAGCAGUACUAGGCGAGCUUCGAGAGCAUUCAAAUUCCAUACCCUGGAAUACCCUGCAUGCCAUUGAAAAAGAGAAUGUUCUCUGUCUUGCCUGGCAAGAUAAUAAUAUGGUAUUGACACUAACUACGAUUCAUUCAUUGGACGCAGUUAUUGAACGUACUCGUAAAUGCCCAGGGGAACUUCUAACCAAUGCCAAUAUUGUUAGAAAAGCCUUUGAAGGUCAACCACAAAAGAAGCUGAAAAUCUCAUUGAUUAUAGAUGAUUAUAAUCAUCAUAUGAAUGGGGUAGACCUAGCAAAUCAAUACUGGGCAGCAUAUACUAGUCAUAGAGUCACCUAUCGCACCUGGCUUCCUAUUCUCUACUGGCUUAUUGAUUCCGCGGCUAUUAAUGCAUACCGGCUUCAAUAUCUAUAUAUGAAGCAGCAGGGGAUUCCAGCGAAGGAUCUUCCUUCUCAUAUAAGCUUUCAUGAGAAGCUUUACCAGGAACUCUUUGAAUUCACACCUAGGAUUCAUGAUAAUUUAUCAAGGGAAUGA